AUGGCGGAGCCAAAGCGGCUAAGAGCGAAGCCCGUUAGCACGAUACCCGUACAAUAUGGAAGUGGUUGUGGCAGCGACAAUGUAAUGGUGGGGGCGACUACAAAAGAAAACUUUGGUAAGGAGUGCAAGAUCUGCACGAGGCCCUUCACAGUCUUCAGGUUGAAACCGGGCAGGGAUGCAAGGUACAAGAAGAGUGAGAUUUGCCGAACUUGCAGCAAGUUGAAAAAUGUUUGCCAAAUCUGCCUUUUAGAUCUUGAAUAUGGUUUGCCGGUUCAGGUUUGUGAUACUGCACUCAGCAUCAACUCGAAUGAUUCCAUCCCAAAGAGUGAUGUGAACAGAGAAUACUUCGCGGAGGAACAUGAUCGUAGGGCAAGAACAGGUCUAGAUUACGAAUCCUCAUAUAGAAAGGAACAACCAAAUGAAACUAUUUUGAAACUGCAAAGGACAACACCAUAUUACAAGAGAAAUAAAGCACAUAUUUGCAGUUUUUUCGUUAGAGGUGAAUGUACAAGAGGCACUGAAUGCCCUUACCGGCAUGAGAUGCCCGUCACUGGAGAGUUAUCCCAGCAGAUUAUUAAAGACCGUGACUACGGAGUUAACGAUCCAGUUGCAUUGAAACUACUGAACAAGGCAGGUGAAAUGCCAUCUCUGGAACCCCCAGAGGAUGAGAGCAUUAGAACCCUAUAUGUUGGUGGGAUUGAUGCAAGAGUCUCAGAGCAAGACCUUAAACUAAUGUGGGGCCGACCACCAGUACCUAAAACUGAUGGUGAAACAUAUUCGAAUGAAGUUAGACGGCAUGCAGUUGCACACCAGCAAAACCAGUUUCAGCCACCAGGAGCUGCAGGUAGUCAGGAACGACAACAGCCACCACAGAUGCAUUAUUUUAAUAUCCCACCGCCUGUGCCUCAGCAUGGCAGGGCGUUUUAUCCUUGCAUGGAUCCUGAGAGAAUGGGAGCAGUGAUCCGUGCCCAAGAAGGAAGUGGGGCUAGUGGGUCGGGCAGCGGCCCAGAUCAGAGGCAUCAAGGUGGUCCUGAGUUAGCUGCUUAUCCACCACCAUCGUUCCCAUCUCAAGAUGGUGGGCAUUACUAUCCGCUUUAUUUUCAACCUGGGCCACCACCAUCAUAUGGUUCACCUCUAUCGUAUCAACAAUAUCCUCCAUUGUCUCAUCCUUCUACCAUGCCACCACCAGGACCAAACGCUGAACAACCUUAUCAACAGAAAGCACCAGCUGAUGCAGCUGUGAUAGGGCCACUACUACCAUUGACGGAUCCAAUGUAUUAA